CUUUACUAUUUCCCACGCGGCGCUCUCUCUUUCUCUGGAAAAAAAUGCUUCUCCGAAGCUCAUCUACCCCAAUCCUGAAUUCAUGGAUACAACCCUAUGGCAAAGAUGCCUCACCGGAGACCGAUCUGGUACACCAGAUCCCAAAAACCAAGUCCCUCUCCUUGUCGGCGUCGUUUCAGUCCCCACCCCACACCGCCCCCUCCAUUACCACCUCUGCUGGCUCACUGCAGAAGAUGGCCAGAGCCUUGUCGGAGACCGAUCUCCGGGAUCCUCCCAAGAGGAACACUCACGAAAAGUGGUUCUCACCGCCCACCGUUGAUGAGGGCGAAGAGCAAGACUCGAUACGGAGCCUGUUGUCGAGCUCUGGGUUGGGCGAGUCGGAGCGGUAUGGCGUUGAAGAUGGUGUUCCGGCGACACUUGAGAUGGGUGGUGGGAUCAGGGGCAAUGGAGGUGGGAUCUUCGGUGGCGGCGGCUAUGGGAAAGGAUCGAGCGGGGGGGACGGAGAUGGACAUGGUGGUGGCGCGUAUGAGUCGAAUUAUGGGCAUGAGAGUACUGACGUUUAUUACCAGAAAAUGAUUGAAGCAAACCCAGAAAAUGCUCUCUUUCUUGGGAAUUAUGCCAAGUUUCUCAAAGAGGUUCGCGGAGAUUUGGUUAAAGCAGAAGAGUACUGUGGGAGAGCAAUUUUGGUAAACCCAAGUGAUGGAAACGUGCUUUCAUUCUAUGCUGAUCUGAUAUGGAACAAUCAGAAGGAUGCUCAACGUGCUGAGACUUACUUCAAUCAAGCUGUUAGAGUUGCUCCUGAUGAUUGUUAUGUUCUAGCUUCAUAUGCUCACUUUCUUUGGGAGACUGAGGAGGAAGACGAGGAAGAUAGCCGUUACGAAACUGCAACUGCAAACGCCCAUGGAUUCUCUCCCAGUUUCUUCCCAGGAGGUCCUUUCCACUCCCCUUUGGCUGCAGCUUCCUAGGUUCUCUGUGUAGGCUGAGAUUCCUCGAGUAAUAACCCGGGGGGUUUUCCUAACUUGUUUAAUUAACUCUACCCAGUACGAAAUAACGGGGAAAAAAAAAAAAAAAGCCCGAAAAUAAAGGAGAGGACUUUCUAUGAAUUUGUGUUCGGGAAGUGAUGGAGAAUGUAAAUAGACUGAGUAUAUAGUCUUGCUGUGUUUGGAGUGAAGGAAAAUUGAGCUUGCUGUGUUUGGAAUGAAGGAAAAUUGAACUGCCCCUUUCUUUAA